AUGAGAAACCAGAUAGACCUGCUGGCCACUGUCACGGUUUUGGGAGUCCUGGAGCAAGCCUAUUUUGCGCUGCAGGUGAUCUAUGCCCGGCGGAAGUACAAGAUCUCCCCUCCCGAGACAACAGGUCACCCUGAAUUUGAGCGGAUCUUCAGAGCUCAGGCGAAUUGCUCAGAGUACUUCCCGAUCUUCAUCUCGCUCCUCUGGGUUGCUGGAAUCUUCUUCCAUCAAGGUGUGGCCACGGUGUGCGGGCUGCUGUACCUCUACACCCGCUUCAAGUACUUCCAGGGAUACGCUGUGGCUGCGCAGGGACGGUUGGGGCCGCUGUACGCCAGCGCCCGGCUGCUCUGGCUGCUGCUGGGGCUGGCAGUGGCUGGGCUCCUGGCACACUUCCUGCUGCCCCACUCCUCUGCAUGGGUGGCAGGGCUGGCGCAGCCCCUCCAGCUGCUCGCCGCCUGGUGA